AUGGCGGGGAGUACAUCUAGUUUGGUGAUCUGUGCGAUUGGGAUCUAUGCUACUUUUUUGACAUGGGCAUUAGUACAGGAGCCUUUGGCUACGAGGACUUGGCCAAACUCUAUGGAAAAAUUCCAAUUUCCCAAUGUGAUAGCCCUUUUGCAAGCUUCUGUGGCAAUGAUGAUGGGAUACCUGUAUUUGAACUGGAAGAAGGUGACAUAUUCGCCCACAAAGAUGAUCCAGGAUCAUUGGAAACAAUUGAUGUUAAUUUCAUUCACACAGAGUAGUUCGGGUCCUUUGGCUACCACCUCCCUAAAAUACGUGGAUUAUCUCACUUACAUGUUAGCCAAGUCAUGUAAGAUGAUUCCCGUUUUGUUUGUGCAUUUGCUUCUGUAUAGAACGCCCAUAUCAAACCAGAAAAAAGUUGUAGCCAUCUUGGUUAGUCUCGGUGUCACUAUUUUCACUAUAGGCGGUAACGACGGUAAAAAAUUGAUGAGAACCCCCAAUGAUGAUGGGAGUAGCAACAAACUUCAAGGGUUUGGCCUGCUUUCCUCUAGUUUAUUUCUUGAUGGAUUGACCAACGCCACUCAGGAUAAGUUACUGAAGGCCAACAAGGCCAAUGAGAAAGGAAAGCAAACUUUGAUAACAGGUGCACAUCUGAUGUUCACACUGAACCUCUUUGUGAUAGUGUGGAACAUUUUAUACUUUGUAGUGGUUGACCGCAGACAAUGGGAAAAUGCUGUUUCGGUAUGGACGAUGGACCCACAUGUGUGGGGCUACUUGAUGCUUUAUUCGGUUUGUGGUGCCAUGGGGCAAUGCUUUGUUUUCUACACCUUGGAGCAGUUUGGGUCUUUAGUCCUAAUCAUGAUAACAGUAACCAGAAAGAUGGUUUCCAUGAUUUUGAGUAUUGUAGUCUUUGGUAAGAGCGUGGGUUUCCAACAAUGGCUAGGGAUAUCUAUUGUAUUUGGCGGAAUCACCUGGGAAGCACUCAACAAGAAGAGAGCUAAUACUUCAAAGGUCAAACUAGCCUAG